AUGCCUCAUCCACUUCGCUUCCAACUUCGACUUACCUCUUUGCCCCGUUCUUCCAAAUCUAAACAAACAACUUCUCAUAAAAUGUCAAACGACGGAGCUAACAACGAUGGCAACAUCCCUGCUGCCGAUGUCGAAGGAGGUGACUUUGUUGGAGCUAUUGGUAUCGAUCUCGGAACCACUUACUCCUGUGUGGGUGUUUGGCAAAACGAUCGAGUGGAGAUCAUUGCCAACGACCAGGGAAACCGAACCACUCCUUCUUACGUUGCCUUCACCAAGGAUGAACGUCUGAUCGGAGAUGCUGCCAAGAACCAGGCUGCCAUGAACCCAAGGAUGACUGUUUUUGACGCCAAGCGUCUGAUCGGACGUCGAUACGAUGACUCAGAUGUCAAGAAGGAUAUGGCUCAUUGGCCUUUCAAGGUCAUCGAGAAAGAUGGCAACCCCUUCAUCGAAGUCGAAUAUCUCGGCGAGACCAAAACUUUCUCCCCUCAAGAAAUCUCAGCAAUGGUCUUGACCAAACUCAAGGAAACCGCUGAGACCAAAUUGGGCAAAGAGGUCAAGAAGGCCGUCAUCACCGUCCCGGCUUACUUCAAUGACUCUCAGCGAUUAUCCACCAAAGACGCCGGUGCCAUUGCUGGUCUUGAUGUUCUUCGUAUCAUUAACGAACCUACUGCCGCUGCUAUUGCCUACGGUUUAGGUGAGGCCAGUGAGAAGAAGGACAAGAAGGAGCGUACCGUCUUGAUUUUCGACUUGGGAGGUGGUACUUUCGAUGUUUCUCUUCUCUCUAUCACCGGUGGAGUCUUUGCUGUCAAAGCCACCGCUGGUGACACCCAUCUUGGUGGAGAAGAUUUCGACAACGCUCUCUUAGAGCACUUCAAAGCCGAAUUCAAACGGAAAACCAAGCACGACAUCGAUGGUGAUGCACGUGCUCUCCGACGUCUCCGUUCGGCCUGUGAACGUGCCAAACGAACCCUUUCCUCAGUCACCCAGACCACUGUCGAAGUUGACUCCUUAUUCCAGGGUGCCGACUUCUCUGCAUCCAUCUCCCGUGCUCGUUUCGAGGAGAUCAAUGCCACCACAUUCCGAUCUACUCUGGAUCCCGUUGACAAGGUUUUGAAGGACGCCAAGGUUGACAAGUCCAAGGUUGAGGAGAUCGUCUUGGUUGGUGGAUCGACCCGAAUCCCCAAAAUCCAAUCUUUGGUUUCCGACUUUUUCGGUGGUCGUCAGCUCAACAAGAGCAUCAACCCCGAUGAGGCUGUUGCUUACGGUGCUGCUGUUCAAGCUGCUGUCCUUACCGGACAGACCAGUGAGAAGACCGCCGAUCUCUUGCUUCUCGAUGUCGCACCUCUUUCCCUCGGUGUUGCCAUGCAAGGUGACGUCUUUGGAUGCGUUGUACCCCGAAAUACCCCCAUUCCCACCAACAAAUCCCGAACAUUUACCACGGUCGAGGACAACCAAUCUACUGUUACAUUCCCUGUUUACGAAGGUGAACGUGUCACAUGUAAGGAGAACCGAUUGCUCGGAGAAUUCGAGCUUUCUGGAAUUACUCCUCAACCUCGUGGUCAAGCCGAACUUGUAUGUACAUUCGAGGUUGAUGCAAACGGUCUCUUGAAGGUCUCCGCCCUCGACCGAACUUCAGGUCGACGAGCAAACAUCACCAUCACCAACUCCGUUGGUCGUCUCUCAUCAUCAGAAAUCGAUCAGAUGAUCAAAGAUGCCGAAUCCUUCAAGCAAGCCGAUAAGGAGUUCUCUGCCAAACACGAGGCCAAGCAAGAAUUGGAGUCAUACAUCUCACAGGUUGAAGGUACCAUCACAUCACCUGAAAUCGGUAUGAAGAUCAAGCGAAACAACAAGGCUGCUGUUGAAGCUGAACUUGCCAAGGCUCUUGAGAAGCUUGAGAUUGAGGACUCAACUGCUGAUGAACUCAAGAAGUGCCAAUUAGGACUGAAACGAGCUAUGCAAAAGGCAAUGGCUGGAACAGCUCGUUAA